UGUACCCUGACACACAGACUGUAGAGUCCUUCAACCAGGAUGGAUCCCUUCAAAGAGAAUGCCUAUGAGAGACCAGAUGAUGAGGAGAAUGAGAGAGAACAACGAGAGCACUCCUACCAGAAUCAGACAUUAGAUAUGCAUGACUUGACCGACCAUGUCACAUAUGAAGAGCCUUCAGAACUAGAGCACAUCUAUCAGACUCCGUCGGACGACACCUACGAGGUAACCAACGAUGCAACAUAUGAAGAGAUUUCCGAGCAGGAGCGCUCCUACCAGAAUCAGUCCCCAGCUAUCUAUGAAAUACCCAGGGAGUCCCCCAAUGAAGACUCCUCAGAUCAUUCUUCAGAGCAUGAAUACACAAGAACUGCAGAGGAUGGAACGCCGGUUCCCCGGUCCCCUUCCCCAGAGCAGCCUCCUGCAGAGGAAAGACGAGGCAGUUCCUCUUCUGUCUCAUCCUCCUCGUCUUCCUCACCGGCAGAGAGAGACGAGAAUCUGGAUCACAGCAGGGGCGAGAUGGAAGAGGAGGAAAAGGAAGAGAGCGAGGAUGAGGAAAAAGAGAAGAACGUGGAGAGACGGGAGAGAAUCACAAAUAUGAACUUGGACCUGGGGGGUCCAGAAAUGGAAGUGGAGGCGAAGGAGUCAUCGCGCAGAUCUUCAUCAUCGUCUUCAUCAUCAUCAUCAUCAUCCGUCUCUGAGAAAAAGAAGCCAGGGAAUAAGGUGGAUGGGCCAAACAUCUGUCUUUAUGCAAGGGCUGGGAGUGAUGGGGAAAGUAUUGGAAACUGUCCUUUCUCCCAACGUCUCUUCAUGAUCCUUUGGUUGAAAGGAGUAGUCUUUAACGUCACUACUGUUGACUUAAAAAGAAAACCAGCCGACCUUCACAACCUUGCCCCUGGAACGCAUCCACCAUUCCUUACCUUCGAGGGAAAUGUUCUAACCGACGUCAACAAGAUAGAGGAGUACCUGGAAGAGAUGCUGGCUCCACCGAAGUAUCCCAGGCUUGCAGCGAAGAACCGUCAAUCCAGCGUUGCAGGAAAUGACAUAUUUGCCAGGUUCUCAGCUUACGUCAAAAAUACACGACCAGAAAACAAUCGCUCGUUAGAGAAGAGUCUGAACAAAGCCUUGGCUAAACUGGAUGACUACUUGAUGCGACCAAUCCCUGACGAGGUUCAAUCUGGACGACAUAGCGGCGAGGGUCCUUCCACCCGCAAAUACCUAGAUGGUGAUGAGCUGACCCUUGCCGACUGCAAUCUUCUCCCGAAGCUUCAUGUUGUUAAGGUGGUUGCAAAGAAGUAUAGAAACUAUGACAUCCCCUCUGAGUUUGAAGGGGUUUGGCGUUACCUUGACAACGCCUACAAGAGAGACGAGUUCACCAACACAUGUGCAGCGGAUGUGGAGAUCGAGCUAGCCUACCAGGCUGUGGCCAAGAGACUGGAAAAGUGAACGCAGUGUAGUGAUAGCCGACAACUCUUGAUUAUACAAAAACAUUUCAUAUGCUCCUUAUAACUAAUUUAACGUUUUUAAAACUGAUUUGUAAAUAUAGAGUCAAAAUGUGUAUUAGCAAGUAGAAUAGAGAAGAAUGUGGGGUCUAAAUGACAAAUGUUUGUCUUUUUUGGUCUAAUUCAUGCUUUUAUCAACAAAAACUCAAGUUAAAAAGCAGUGAAGCAUAUUAAAAACAGAUAAAGCCAAGUCCAUAGCAUUUCUAUAGGUAACGUCUGACCAGUAAUCUAAAGGAUAAAAGCUUUGACAGGGUGUGUGUAGUGAAUUGCUUCUAGGAGUGUUUUCUCUAAAUCUUAUUGAGCAGAAUAGCCUAAUUUGCAAGCUUUCUACAGCUAAUACAACAAUGCCAUUUAAGCUAUGUCAAUUGACAAGAAAAAAGUAUUAUUUUGUGAAAAUUAAUCUAAAUAUGUCCUUGAAGCCAGAUAUUUCAUAUUAUUUAAGCGUAUCAAAUUAUUUAUAUUUCCUAAAUGCAGGAAUAUUUCUUCAUUAAAUAUCUUCACAGUUCAAAGUUUUGCCUGACGACUUUAGAGAGCCUAUUUGAUGGUGUCAAAAAAGAAUUACAAUAAUCCAUCCAGGAGCAUAUAUUACUGAUUUCGGAUUAUGCCUAAAAAAGAGGCUUAAUUUUCAACAUCUAUAAAGAAAGAUUGAUUAUUUUAUUAAAGAUUUAACCAGGUUAUCAGUCUUAAUCAUGCAAUUUAUUUCAUUCCCUCAAUUGGUUAGAGUAGACUUGAAAUGAAUGGGUACAGAUCAGCACAGAGUAAGCUGUUGGAGGAUUGGGGACUGAAUUAAAUAAAUCAGAUUUUAAAUCCAUGAUUUUAUGUCACUAAGACAACCAAGAAGGUCUGAAUAGAGUUGGCAUCUGUAGGAGGAAA